UUAGAAGGAACCUUACUGCACUAUGAGUUUGUUUGGAACAAACUCGGGAUUUGGAGCGGGAGGAACUGGUGUCUUUGGAAAUGCAACAACAGACAGCCAUAAUCCCAUGAAGGAUGUUGAAGUGACUUCCCCUCCAGAUGACAGCAUCAGCUGUCUGGCUUUCAGCCCCCCCACAAUGCCAGGGAACUUCCUCAUUGCAGGAUCCUGGGCUAAUGAUGUUCGGUGUUGGGAGGUGCAGGACAAUGGUCAGACUGUCCCCAAAGCCCAGCAGAUGCACACAGGCCCGGUGCUGGAUGUCUGCUGGAGUGAUGACGGAAGUAAAGUCUUUACUGCUUCUUGUGACAAGACAGCCAAGAUGUGGGAUCUUAACAGCAAUCAAGCAAUGCAGAUUGCACAGCAUGACGGCCCAAUUAAAGCAAUCCACUGGAUCAAAGCCCCAAACUACAGCUGCAUCAUGACUGGCAGUUGGGAUAAAACACUGAAGUUCUGGGACACGCGCUCUCCCAAUCCCAUGAUGUCGCUGCAGAUGCCGGAGAGGUGCUACUGCGCCGACGUUCACCGCUGUGUCGCCAUAUUCAAGGACAAGCAGAACAAACCUACCGGCUUUGCGCUUGGAAGCAUUGAGGGCCGAGUGGCGAUCCACUACAUCAAUCCUCCCAACCCAGCCAAAGAUAACUUCACCUUCAAGUGCCACAGGUCCAAUGGAACCAACACAACCACUCCACAAGACAUCUAUGCUGUGAACGCCAUCUCCUUCCAUCCUGUCCAUGGCACGCUGGCUACGGUGGGUUCGGAUGGACGCUUCAGCUUCUGGGACAAAGACGCCCGCACCAAGUUGAAGACCUCGGAGCAGCUCGACCAGCCCAUCACGGCUUGCUGCUUCAACCACAACGGCAACAUCUUUGCGUAUGCUUCCAGCUACGACUGGUCAAAGGGGCACGAGUACUACAACCCACAGAAAAAGAACUACAUCUUUCUGAGGAACGCUGCCGAAGAGCUGAAACCUCGGAACAAGAAAUGCGACGAUAAUGGCGUGAUGCAAAACUCUGUAUUCUGGCCUGCUGCACAAUUCACCGUGCCAAGCCGCAUCUCUGGUGAGGAAAUGCGGAAGACCUGCUGCUUUAGUGUGUGUGUAUGCGCUCGAGACAGACUCCUUCCUUUGGGCAGACACCUGGACCAAUGCCGUGGCGCUGCGUACUGUGCAUGGACCAAUCAAAGGGGCCUUCCCGACCUGCCGUCGAUGACCGCUGCAUGACAGUUGCUCUCAGAGGUCAUCACAGACAGGGGGGGCUUUUUUGUGAUUCAUUCUGACAUUUGGAUUAUUUUCAUGUGUCCUGCCCUUCUUUUGUUUUUGUUUUUUUACAUCUUUCCAGAGGUUCGUCACUCUCUCGUAAUCUGCUGUUAUGGUGUAGCUCCAUAAAGAAACUGGGAUGUUAAAUAAAUAAGUUCACACACGUAGACAUGACCAUGUUUAUUCCAUCUGAAGAUUUAAAGGGAGCAAGGUUUAAAAAUGAACCCGUGUUGUCUGUAACUGUAUUGGUGUCUGGGGAUUUGUAGAACUAUAUUGUGCAUGCAAAGGCAUCUCCAAAAGAACUUCACCACUGUCUCAUGUUACAGCUGUUUAUUUCUCAUGGUAGGUCUCAACUUCAGUAUCAUAAAUUUAAACUUUGAACAACA